AGGGAGCGAUGAUGUAAUUUGUGAAAAUUUAGCCCACUCCCCCUAGACACUAGAGAGAGGCGCUGAUUUGGCUUUCACAUAAUUUUCUGCAGAAGUUUUGUGAAGUGAGCGAGACGCAAGCUAAGAAAAACUGUCACACAGCCUCCGAGGACUAACUUUUCCGCAUUUUGAGAGUGAAGAUUGGACGUGCAUCAACGGGACAGGCUUAUAAAUCGAGCCCAUCAUCCUGGACGGGCUGAAAAGUUUCAAGCGAGCGAAAUGAACCGGAGCUUUAAUAAUAAAUCGCAAUCUUUGCGUAGCUUGAACAUGAACGCAGUGGAAGUGAAAAGCAAGCAUGGAGCAGAGUUCCGGAGGUUUUCAGUGGAUCGAUUAAAACCCGGCAAAUUUGAGGAAUUCUACAAACUCAUCAUGACCAUCCACCGGAUUGCAAACAUGGAGGUGAUGAUCGGAUACGCUGAUAUUCACGGAGACCUCCUCCCCAUCAAUAAUGACGAGAACUUCAGCAAGGCCGUGUCGACUGCACACCCCCUGCUGCGAAUCUUUAUCCAGAGACAAGAAGAGGUUGACUACAGCAACUUUGGCACCAGCACUCUGACCCGGAAAAAGAAGGCCGUGGUCACUCUUCGCAACGACCUGAACCGCAAACGGCCCCACAUCCGCAUUGGCAUGCCUCAGGAUUUCCGUCCUGUGUCAUCCAUUAUUGACGUGGACAUCCUUCCUGAAUCUCACCGGAGAGUUCGACUCUACCGGCAUGGCUCAGACAAGCCCCUGGGAUUCUACAUCCGUGAUGGAACCAGUGUCCGUGUCACACCCCACGGCUUGGAAAAGGUCCCAGGUAUCUUCAUUUCCCGUCUGGUACCUGGAGGCCUGGCUGAGAGCACGGGCCUGCUGGCCGUCAAUGAUGAGGUCUUGGAGGUCAAUGGCAUCGAGGUGACAGGAAAAACGUUGGACCAGGUGACUGACAUGAUGAUCGCAAACAGCCACAACCUUAUCGUGACCGUGAAGCCGGUGAACCAGCGCAACAAUGUGGUGCGCAGCAGUCGUAUCUCGGGCAGCUCAGGUCAGUCAUCCGACAGCAGUGGUUCGGUGGGAUACCCCGCCAUCACCGCUCCCACCGGUGCCACUGCCAUCUCUCAUGGCUACAGUCCAGAUGAUCUGGAGAGUGACGAGGAGUCGGACAUCGUAAUUGAGAGCAACAUGAAGCGCCCAUCACGCCGCUCCAAUGCCUCGGUGGCUUCAACUGCAUCCCGGUCCCAGACGCAAAUGACCACAGUGACCCCUCCCAGCCCCCCUACGCAACCCCAAACGAGGCCGCCAUCCACCGUGUCCACAGCCUCUUUCCACUCUCAACCGAGCUUUAAUGGCACAGUGCACAAUAGUUUGAGUUACAAGUUGCACAAGGACCUUACCCUCCAACACCACCCCUACCACAGCAGCAACCCCGCUAUGCGGGAGAGCAACGGCAGCCUACACAAAAUCCUCAGCAGCCUGAGGACAGACCCCCGUCACAGCCUGGUUUUACCCAGAGGAGGGGUGGAGGAGGAUGGCACAGUCAUCACUUUAUAGUACAUAGUCACAUAAAAUCCAGCCCUCCCAGAGACUCUGCCUUUCAGCCUGGGACAUCAGACUUGACUUUGAACCUCGCCAAACUUUUAAGGGUUUUGGAAAAUGAAUAAUUUAACAGAAACAAUAUCUGCAAUUUUAUUCUUUUAAAUGUUUGCUUUCCCUGUGUUGUAAUGUCAAAAAUGUUUCAGAUUUAGUGGUAUGUGUCUCUUUUUCUAAGCAGAGCCACUUUUUUAUCUUUGUCUAUCAGUGUUUCUCAGUUUUUGUUUUGAGGUUAAUUUUUAUCAUGUUACCUAAAUAUCUCUUGGGACCAGAAAUUGGGUUUAGACCUGUGCGUUCUGUUGUCUUCUGGUUACGGUUUGUAUUUGAAAACAAACAUUUGCCCCGGUGUAAUAGAAAAGCCAGUUGCAUUAGGCAAAUGCCAAAAUGAAUUUACACUUAAUCAGAAACACACAUUUUUGUUUGCCUUGCCCAAUCUAAGUUAAUACCUGAAUAGUAUUAUUAUUAAUUAUCAUAUUUUUUAGUGAUAAAUAUGUAUCUGCUGUAUGUGUAAUACAUUUAUAUGCACUAAAUAUACUAUUUGGCAGAUACCCUCAGAAUGUUGGUUUCCAAAUAUAUGAAUAUCACUUGUGUCAGCAUUCAAAAAAGGCUUUUUGGAAAUUGCGGAAAUUUUGUUUAGAUUACCAUCUCAGUUAAAAUAUCAUAAAAUAUGCUGUAAGACAUUAACUAUUAUGUUGACUUUGGUCUUGUAGGGUUUCAUUUGUCUUGGUUUCUGGUUUAUUUGACUGCAGUGGAGUGUAAUGGGUCAUCACUUAUAGGUAUUUCACACUUGUAUGUCUUCUUGAAGACCUUUUGACUUCGAGAGUACAACAGAAUGUGAGUCUGUUGGUUCUCUCUGUGUUUAGUCCGUACACAUAUUUUCUGUCACCUCACUGUUAAUGAAGCCUCACCUCUGACCUCCACUCAAAUCCCCACAACAGAACAGAAUGCUGUCUCGUAGUAGUCAAUAGUAGUCAUCUUUAAUGGCUUUUGUGUUAAUGCAGCCACUGAGCAUACUUAAAGGGAUAGAUCACCCUAAAAUAAAAAUUAAAUAAUAAUUUACUCACCCUCAGGUU